AAACCAUCCAGAUCUCUGCAAGACAGCUAAGGAGGAGCAGAAAGAUGAUGAGAGUUAAGAUGUUGCAUCGCUUGGCCUUCCCAGUCAUGUCCUGGAUGCUGCUCUCCUGCCUGAUGCUCUUAUCACAGGUGCAAGGAGAAGACUCUCCGAAGAAAAUACCCUCUGCACGCAUUAGUUGCCCCAAAGGCUCCCAGGCAUAUGGCUCCUACUGCUAUGCCCUGUUUCAGAUACCACAGACCUGGUUUGAUGCAGAACUGGCCUGCCAGAAGAGACCUGAAGGACACCUUGUAUCUGUGCUCAAUGUAGCUGAAGCUUCAUUCUUGGCAUCCAUGGUCAAGAACACUGGAAACAGCUACCAAUAUACCUGGAUUGGACUCCAUGACCCCACUCUUGGUGGAGAACCCAAUGGAGGUGGAUGGGAGUGGAGUAACAAUGACAUAAUGAAUUAUGUCAACUGGGAGAGGAACCCAUCUACUGCCUUAGACCGCGGAUUCUGUGGCAGCUUGUCAAGAUCUUCUGGAUUUCUAAGAUGGAGAGAUACCACAUGUGAAGUGAAGUUGCCCUACGUCUGCAAAUUUACAGGUUAAAAUUACCAGACAGCAAACAGCUUUAGUUUGUCCUGAAGCACAUCCUGUCAAGGGGCAAAAUAUGAAGACUUGCGUAGAAAAAGUGUAUUCUAUCUACAGUCCACAUUGGAGCUCUAAUCAUUCUUUAGCCAAUUUUGUAUAAGUUGUGUCCUCAUGUCUUGGAAAGCAGUAAUAAACCUCAGUCUCUCUUCGAA